AGACGGUGGACUCAGGCAGGGUCGAGUCACGGUCCUGGUCCUGGUCCUGGUCCUGGUCCACUGUGGGAUGGACCCCGCGCACAGAGCCGUGCUCCGGAAGUUCCGGGUGGACCUGUCCGAGCAGCUGCUGGUCAGCGACUCCAUCGUUCCGUUCCUGUUCCAGGAGGGGGUCCUGAGCCCCGCCCAGGUGGAGCAGGUGGAGGCUCAGGUGACCAACAGGUCCAAGACCCUGAAGCUGCUGGACCUGCUGCCGAACCGAGGACCCCGAGCCUUCCCCACCUUCCUGCAGGCUCUGCAGGACUUCAGCUGGAUCCGAGACCAGCUGCUCCAGGAGCUGCAGACCGCACCUGGACCCGGACCCGGACCCGGACUCACAGGUGA